GAAUAUGUGGCUUUAACACCACUGUGAUUCUCAGCCAGAACAGUGCUGUAUGUUAUGGUAUAAAUAUUUUAUGCAAAUUAGACCUGGUUGAGCUGUAUUUGACUAAUAUCAGGACACUUGUAUGAGUUAGUGUUCGUGUGUCGUGUGUAAGUUUCACUUUCUAGGAAACAGAAACACUCAGUAUAUCUGUGGCCUCCGGAGAAACACAAGAACAUAAAUACAUUUGAUUUAUUGGCAUGUUUGACAUAUUAAUGACUGCACUGUAUUUUAUGAACAAGUUUUAGUUUGGAACCAGCUGACAAGGAACGAUCUUUAGCUUUAGAUUCUUUCAAAGUUACGAACAAAUGGGUUUGCAUUGGUUGUGAAAUCAGACAGCUCAGGAUGUGGUUUGAUGGUUCUGGCGCUGGGCGUGGUUCUGUACCUGAAGGCACUUUAAUCAAUGAGACUAGCUUUGUUAUGAGUCAUGAUUUGCAUCGCUGUCAUCUAAAGGGUUGGUCUAACCAGACUAUAAAUGAGAAAUCAUUUACCAGCUUUUCACUCUUCAUGAUCCUUCAAACCGACUUCAUUAAGAAAAGCAGCUUUUAUUACAAAAAUAUUAAAAAGGGUCCUGGGGCAGGAGUGGAUUUGACAGACAGGUCUGUUGGUCUGAGAGUAACUGUAGGCCGGCAUACAGAUCUCUCCAUCACAGAGAAAAAAUUGUGUAGUGUCUUGUUGGCUCCUGCCCCAGGAACUACUAAAAAAAAAAAAAACCAUGAGUUCUUCACCUGAAAACUCUGGUCUUAUUCUACCGAGUGCCGAUCAUGUUUAUUUAAAAAGUUCUAGAGAUCCUCUUGAUUUUCGAAAAUUCCAAGUUCGUAAACUUAAAAGAUCUCUUUCAAGAAGUGAAUCGUGUGAGGAGACGGAUGAAGAUUUUAUUCUAAAAAUUACUGAUUCGGGAAUCUUUUAUAAAGACUACUCUAAUAAAAUAAAAUCCUUGGAAUAUUUAAUUUAUAAAACCAAUUAUCAAUACCAAGAUAUUAAGAAUUAUAAACAUAUUAGUCUCAAAAAGGAAAAGAAUGCAAUUUUUAAUCGUUUUUUUAAUGAUCUUUGUAUAGAAACUAAGAAAACACUGAAAUUGAAAAAACAGCUUGCUUUUAUAUGUUUUAGAAAAAAAGAUGGAUUAUUUGACAUGAAUAGAUGGAAAGUUUAUAAAAAAUCAGAUUUACCACAAGAAGAGCAUACUGAAGAUAAAAUAUUUGAACUGCUUCUAGAAAUGUAUGAUGAAGAUGAGUGUUGUUAUUCAGAAAUAUAUAUAUUUACUACAAAUAGCCCAUGUUUGGCAAGACCCAACCAUGUGCCCUGCAUGAUUCAGGCUGUUAAAAUAGCAAUGAUGUUAUAUAAAAAGCAUGGCAUAAAAACCACUAUUGGAUAUCUUGAACCCUGGGGUUUCAGUGGUUCGUAUGAAAACGUUUUGCCUAAAUGCUCUAUUAAAGAUUGCAGUUAUUAUUUUGAGUCCCAAAUGCUAGGAAGCAAAGAUAUGAUUAAUAACUCACCCCAAACACCAACUAAAAGAAUAGAAAUUGACAUGGAAUUAAUAAGCCCAAUUUACAAACAAAUUAUUCCAGAAGUAGAAAAUCUAAAAUUUUCCAUGAAAGAUAGUAAAAAAACGGAGACCAGAAGACCACAACCAAAACUUGAUCUUGCACAAUUUUGUUCAAAAAUAUCCAAACCUGAUAGCAAAGAAAAAUUUCUGAAAAACUUAAAUAAAAUCAUAUCAGAUUUAUUUAAAAAAGAUUUAGACAAAACUUUUGGUGAUUUCAAAAACCAUGGUUUGGAAAUGUUUGCGAAAUGCAUGAAAAAUAUAAACGAUCUUUUCAUUGAAAUUGACUAUGCAAAUAUUUACGAAGAAAUCCACGAAUAUCUGAAAAGCGUUUUCUUUCCUUGGUGGGCUGGAAAAGUGGAAGAUGCAUCCAGCAAGUUCUUAAAAAAGCAAACCAGUUCCUUUCUACAAGGAAGUGCUGUUUUUCAUUCCCUUAGAGAUAUAAAAGAAACAGAAAAUUUUUUCGAUAUUGGUUAUGUGAUUCUCGAAAAUUGGAAUAUUUAGAAUAAAAUUUGAAUAUUUUGUAAUCUGUUAUAUUUUGUAAUUGUAAACAUUUAAAUAAACAUGCAAAUUUGGCUCCUC